ACAACGCCAUAGAGAUAAGCCCGUGUCGACAAUUCGUAGAAAACAAAUGGUAUCAAUUUCAUUGUGUCAUCGAAGAACAACAAAACAGUCUUUAUUUAGCAUUGAAAUAAGCACCACGUUCGCGAGCUCCACAAACAAAAUGAGGCGCGGAAAAAACAAACGUUCGAACAUUCGAUUGUGGCAUGUGGCCAUAACAUUGGUGGGCGUCUUCACGGCAAAGGUCAUCGAGGCGGCACCGUUCUACCAGAGGUUCCUAAUGAAUCACAGAUAUAAGCACAUGAUUGAGGGGUCGAUGGACACGCAGGCCGAUCCCUGUGACGACUUCUAUCAGUUUGCUUGUGGCAAGUGGGAGGAAUACCACAAAGAGGCACGUUAUGGACGCAAUGACAUGCUUUCCAUGACCGACUAUGAGGUAAAUCGUGAAUUGGCCAAAUAUAUGGACUCCAUCAAACUGAGAGGCAAGCCAAAAUUUGUCCAACUGGCCCAUCAGUUCUAUAAAUCGUGCACCAAUGUUCGUUUGUUUGAUCAUUUCGGCUAUUUGGAUUACAUGAAGCUGCAUGAGAAUCUGAGAUUGCCAAAACUGUGGACUGGUCACAGCAGUCGUCCUCAUUUCGAUUGGGUUCAUAGCUUGGCGGUAAUGCGACGCUAUGGCUUAAAUGGCAUUUUCAUUGAGGAGAUUAUGAUUCAUCGACGUGACGAUAGCUCAAAGACUAUCAUCGACUUGGACAAACCCGUCGAGGGCGGUGGCUUCCAAAGUAUGUCCUAUGAGAAUCUGCAGGACUUGAUUAAAUAUUUGGAUUUACCAGGAAACGAACAGUCUUUCGAUAAGCUGUGGGAGGCCAUCAGAGAGUUCGAGACGCGAUUGGAGGAAUUGCAGGAAAUCGAAGAUGAUGAGGGGACACGACUCAUCACGGUCAAAGAUUUGCCGCUGCCAUGGCUAAGCAGAUAUUUGGCCACCGUUUUGGAUUACACCACCCUGGAUCCCGAUAGGGAGGUCUACAUACAAAAUGUUGAAUACAUGCGAGAGUUGUACGAGUUGCUCAAGAAGUAUGACAAUCACUUCAUUAGUCGCUAUUUGGAAGUACGAUUUUUGUGGCAUUUACAGCAGCAUGGUCCGCGAAAAUUCGAUUCCAUCGAAUGCGUCCAUAGCACUCGCACCCUUUUGCCCUUGGCCAUGCAUUGGAUCUACAAACACCAACAUUCAGAAAUCGACGAGUAUAGCUUGGAAAUACAGCAAAUGUUCGAUAACAUAGUUGGCUACUUCAAUCGCACCUUAAGGGCGAACAACAUGCAUUUCAAGGACACCGUUUUGGAUUAUCUUUGUGGAAAACUGUCAAACCUUCGUCUGAAGGUAGGCAAUUUGCCCAAUGAAAACACAGAAGAGGUGCUAGAGGCCUUUUACGAGAAUUUAUCUUUGAAUCAAACUGACUACUAUGGAAAUCAUUUGAAAAUUUUGGAGUUCAGCUUUAAAUCGGCCCACUCCAGUCAUCCAUAUACCUUGACCAAGGAUGUGUCCAAGUUCUUUAAUUUGGAAAUUUAUGGCGAGGGAAGCAGCUGUUCGCCCUAUUAUUUGACCCGCCCCAAUAUUGUAAUUGUGCCCUUCACCUCUCUGCGAGUGCCCCUCUUUCAUCCCGCCUAUGAUGAAAUAUACAAAUAUAGUUCCUUUGGCAACACUUUGGCCCACGAAAUAUUCCACGGCUUUGAUCGCAUGGGCCUGCAAGUAGACUAUAGGGGCAAAAUGAAUGCCUGGCAAUAUAACACGGUGCUCUCUAAUCCAGAUUUUGAUGCAAAUUUCAAUUGUUUGCAAGAGCUCCAUCCCGAUGUGGUCGAUGAGAAAAUUGCCGAUAUAAGCGGUUUGUACUAUGCCUACGGAACAUUCUUCAAUCGUUAUCCCAACGCACUCACCGAUACGCGUCGCCUUAAUGGCAUAGAUAUGUCAGCGAAGAAGGUGUUUUUCCUUAAUUUUGCCCAAUUAUUUUGUGAUCCCAAUAUCUCCGACCUAGAGCAUGGGGAAGUAAGUGAUCGUAUCAAUGAUGCUCUUUCACAUUUUUCCGAAUUCUCUAGAGCCUAUAGAUGUUCAAGACAGAGCCGUAUGUUACCGGAGGAAAGCUGUCAAGUAUGGCGCUGAUGCAAGAGAGAGAGGAGAUACUUAGUUUACCAAUACCGAUAACCCUUAUUUAGUCUUACUGCAAAAAUAUUUAUACGAGUAUUUAAACAAGAUUAUUUUUUCGCUAUUUUCUACGUUUAAAUAAAAAACAUAUCACUUAAGAAAAAUUAAAUAAAUGUACUAUAAAAGGCCAUCAA